CAAGCGCCUAAGACUGGCAAGAAACUUGCGAUUGAAGAUAUCUACCAGAAGAAAUCUCAGCUGGAACACAUUCUUCUCCGUCCUGAUACAUAUAUCGGAUCUGUAGAAUACACUGAGAAGACUCCAAUGUGGGUCUAUGACUUGGAGACUGAAAAGCUCGUAAUGAAAGAUAUCCAGUAUGUGCCAGGAUUGUACAAAAUUUUUGAUGAAAUACUUGUGAAUGCUGCCGAUAACAAGCAACGUGAUCCCAAGAUGAACUGUAUAAAAAUCAAUAUUGAAAAAGAUAAAAACCAGAUCUCAAUUUUUAACAACGGCAAAGGUAUACCCGUUGUUCACCACAAAGUGGAAAAUAUGUAUGUUCCGGAAAUGAUUUUUGGAACUCUUCUAACAUCUUCUAAUUACGAUGAUAGCCAAAGAAAGGUAACUGGUGGUCGUAACGGUUAUGGUGCUAAGCUUUGCAACAUUUUCUCCUCAGAAUUUACGCUUGAAACAUCAUCAAAGGAAUAUGGAAAGGCUUUCAAGCAGACGUGGAUAAACAAUAUGACUAAAGACAAGGAAUGCCAAAUUGUGAAAGCUGCCGGUGAAGAUUACACAAAAGUUAGUGCAGGAUGAAU